AUGCAAAGGAAUGGUAAUCCCGUGUUGAUUGCUUUAUGUUCGAAUAGGAUUUGCCAAAUUAAUUCCGGGGUGCCUCCUUGUCUUCCCUCUUUACUUUCAGAGGCCUUUAUUUUAGUGGGAGCCAAAAUGCCAGAAUCCGAUGCAAGAUAUGCAUGGUCCUGCUUAUCAACUGGAGCAUUUGCAAGAGCCUCCCACUUUUACUCGAAAUGGGAAGAAGCUGGCUGCCCACUUGGGCAAUUCUUGUGCAUCUAUUUUGAUCUUCUAAAACUUGAAAGAGAGACUUCGCAAUGUGUGACUCUUGAUUUUCGAUGCGUUUCAAAAGAGUAUUACUAUUCGAAAGUAGUUCAAUGGAGAAGCGCAUUGAAAAACGCGCUGUUCCCACUACUUGGCCGAACAGAAGUCGCUCUAUCAAAGUCAUCUGAGGGAAUUGCCAGAGCAUUUCUGCUGUUUUUAAACAAGGCUGCCGCAUCUUUUAGGGCUUCCCUAGUUCAGUAUGCUGGCAAUUGGUCGUGCUGGUAUUACCUGUCUCAAACGAUCAGCGGAGCAGAGCAGAUAAUAUGCCAUAAGGAGUUGAUCCCCUGCUUCGAAGCAGGGGAGUCCUCUUUAGAAAAGUAUUCUUCCAUGCUCAAUGGCUUUCCCGAGCAUUACAAAGCUUCGCAAUUUAUCCGGCUUUUUGUACUUGAAAAUGAAAUUUUAAAAAGAACCAAGAGUGCUUCUGCAUCGACCUCCUUUUUGCCUUUGGUUCAAUCUUUUCUGGACAUGACGAUUUCCAACUAUUCGUUGGAAGGAUUUGACAUCCUGGCAAACCUGCUAUUUCUAAGUGAAGAUUUUGUGUCCCUGGAGCUAUUGGCAGCCCGCGCUAAAUCAAUCGAUGAACGAUCUGCUGUAGCUCUGAUUGUUGUUGGAAACUUAUUUUCGCUAAAUGGAGAUUCUCAGGCUGCUUUAGAUAUGUUCAGCAGAGCGCUGACCGUAGAUCCAGGCUAUUCUAUGGCCUGGACUCUUUCCGGGCAUGAGCUAGUCCAAUCCAAGCGGCUGGAUGAGGCCAUUGAUAGAUAUCGAUGCGCACUAGAGGAUCGACCCGCUGCAAUUUAUUGCUUCAGAAAAGCCAAAGAAUUGAGACCCGAGGAUCCCAGGAUGUGGACUGCCCUUGGUUCGGUUUUGGAAGAGAAUUUUCAUCAAAACCAUGCGUAUCCAGAUGCACUUUUACAGAGCAAUUCAGCGAAUGCAUACUUGACCGCAUUGCUAGUUGAGAUUUUCAAGUUCUGGGAAGUUUCUCUUCCCGGAAUCUAUGAGGCACGGCUAGAAGCAGCAGGCGCCCUCGCAGAGCUAUAUUUGAACGUUAAUGGAUUCUGCGCUACAAAAAUGGAUCGAUUUCCUCUGUCGCUUCUCAAGUGCUUUGUAAAUGGAAAGCUUUUCUUGGACAAUAGCAAAAAGUACAAUCAGGCACGUGUUGCACUCCUUAAUGACUAG